GGUGUUGAGUCCACCGAAAUUGCCCCAUCUACGAAAGACAGAGAGGUUACUUCAACCACUCCAAGCGUCGAGGAAAUCAAGAAGUGGAAGCGAGCCGAUGUUAUAAAUUUUUUACAAGAGAAGAAAGAAGAGCUAGACAUCGAUGAUAAGCACAUUGAAGUCAUCAAGGACCAAGAGGUCGCCGGUUCAGACUUUUUGCUCUUGUCCGAAGAGAAACUUAGAAGCAUCGGAAUGUCACUUGGACCAGCUACAAGAAUUGCAGAAUUGGCUAAAGAAAUCUCUGACGAAAAUCAAGUAACACUAAAGCGUAAAUAUGAGGAAUCACCAGAAGUCUUAACCGAGAUU